GUGGAGGUGUGAAUCUAUUGACAUCACCACCAUUAGAUCGACGGAUCAAUGGUUUGUCUGUACAAGAGAUUGGAGCCUGGCCAUGGGGCUGGAAACCUGCAGAGACAAAAUGCUAGGUGUAACUCAAAGAUGCUAACACAAAGAGACAUACUCAGCACGCAGCUUGACUCAAUGGAAAUGAAGGAUCUGACGGUGAAGGUUUGAGUUAAAACAUCACGUUUCU